CUUUUUUUCUUCCUGGACCGUUUGGGUUAAGUGAAGUGGUCGAAGUCUAUCUGCGGUGAUUGUUCUACGCUUUUUGUUUUGUUUUAUUUUAUCUGGAAGAUGUGAUGUGUUUUCCUGGUUCUUGUACGUUUUUCUGGGAUUGGUUUCCCGUGGUUGCGAUUUUGUGAAGUUUGAAUCUUGAAGUUUGAAGUUUGAAGUUUGAAUCUGCAGAGAAUAUUGAGAUUGGAGGAAAGUAAGUAUAGUAGCGAGGUAAAGAAGGAACAAAAAGAAGCAUAUGAUGCUCAAUUCCGAAACGGAAAUCGAGGGGGAUUUAUCGGGAAGGGAUAUAGAGAAGGAGGAAAGGGCAAUGGGAAGUUCAAACGCCACUUCAAUGCUGGAGCACGAUGGAGAAACUACAGAUGUUGAGACGCCACCUCGACGCCUAAGUUCGCAAUUGUCGAGAUCACAGUCGAUUUCGCAGUCUGAGAUUCAGAGAAAUCCUGUCGUUGAUCAUGAGAAAAGUUCGGCGCAGGAUGAGAGUCCAGAUAUGAGAAUAUUGGUGGAUUGGGAUGGAGAUGAUGAUCAAGAAAAUCCGCGGAAUUGGUCGACGUUGUACAAGAGUUGGAUAACGUUUCAGUUGGGCAUGUUGGCUUUGAGUGCCAGUUUGGGGAGUAGUAUUAUUAGUCCGGCGGGAAAAACGAUUGCGGCGUAUGUUGGUGUUACUUCAGAAGUCAGUGUGUUGAGUAUUAGUCUGUAUAUAUUAGGAUUCGCAUUUGGACCACUUUGCUGGGCACCAAUAUCUGAGCUUUGGGGAAGAAGAUGGAGUAUGUUACCCCCGAUAUUUUGUUUGGGACUGUUUUCCAUUGGAACGGCUACAAGUACAAACGCGGCAUCAAUUUUCAUAACGAGAUUCUUUGGAGGGUUAUUCGGAUCGGCACCCGUUUCGAAUGUUUCUGCAGCGUUGGGGGAUAUAUGGAGUCCUAAAGCUCGAGGGACGGCAGUUACAUUCUAUGCAGUGGCAGUUGUAGGUGGACCGACACUAGGACCUUUAAUUGGAAGUGCCUUGCUUGUGAAUCCACAUUUGGGAUGGAGAUGGACAGAAUAUCUCGAGGCGAUUUGGGUGUUUGCAAUGUUCGGAAUGUGUUUAAUAUGUCUCCCCGAAGUCUAUACGCCCGUCCUCCUCAAGAAAAAAGCCGCUCGUCUUCGCAAAGAAACAGGAAAUAAUGCCUAUUACCAUCCACACGAAGAAAUAAAACUCGAUGCCAAGACCAUUGUCACGAAGCACUUCUCAAGACCCCUCCUCAUGCUUACUACAGAGCCCAUGGUUACCUGUAUAGCUUUCUACGCCUCCUUCGUCUACGCCAUCCUCUACCUCACUCUCGAAGUCUUCCCCAUCGUCUUCUCCGAUAACCGCGGCUGGUCCUCCGUCAUCGCUUCCCUCCCUUUCCUCGGCCUCUUCGUCGGAGUCAAUCUAGCCGUCGUAGUCAAUCUUGGCAAUCAACCUCGCUACGCUCGUAUCGUCGACGCAGCAGGUGGACGGCCCGUCCCCGAAGCGCGUCUCGCCCCCAUGGCACUCGGAGGUAUUUUAUUCGCAAUCGGACUUCUCUGGUUUGGAUGGACGGCUGCGCCAAAUAUCCAUUGGAUUCUUCCAGUCAUUGCUUCGGUAUUCAUCGGCGCUGGGUUUAAUAUUAUUUUCCAACAGUGUAUCAAUUUUUUAGUUGAUACUUAUGCAUUGUAUGCGGCAAGUGCGGUUAGUGCGAAUACUUUCCUGAGAAGUAUCCUGGCGACUGGAUUUCCGCUGGCCGCGGGCCCGAUGUUUAGAGCUAUGGGUGUAGGACCAGCAAUGAGUGUGUUGGGUGGAGUGGCUACUCUGGCUAUACCGGUGCCGUUUUUGUUUAUGAAGUAUGGGGUUACGUUGAGGAGGAAGAGUAAAUUUGCUCCAUUUAAGGAUUAGAUGAUUUGGCGAUGAAGGGAUGAGGUGGUGGUUGUAAAUAUUCAGAUGUUAGCACAUAGAACGAAGUACAUACAUGAAUUUGAAGACCAUGAAUAUAUAGAUGUAACACUUGUUGUUCAGUAACACACGAGCUCGAAAAACGGCUUUCAACAUCCUUGCAUCUUUUCUUUUUCGGGAGCUAUUCAUCAAUUCUUGAAUCAAAUCUGUAAUGAUUGGGGUAUCCAACCCAAUCGCAAUAAUCAUACUUUUUUCCCAUCCCCUCUAUCAUAUAAACUACGUAAUUCAUCUCACUACCUCUUCAUCGCUAAAUAAAAAUUGAAUGAAAGUAACUGCACCCCCGAGACGAAGUCUAUACGUAUAAUCCAACAUCUUGUGAUUCUCAUUCGGGGAAACUCAUUUGGAGUUGAAUGAUGUGCGAAUUGGUAGAGAGGUUGAGAAUUUGAAGAUUCAAAAAUUUGAGGGGAAUAUGGAUAUGGGGUGGAAACAGAGUGGGGUGUAGAUACAGUCAAUAGGGGUUCGGAUAUCGAUGGAUAUCGAGGGUUAUUUGAUUUUCUUGCUUGUUGGGAUGGAAGGUGAAAGGUGAGCAGAGCAGGUAUCAGUAUUUACCUAGGUAGCAUAGCUUUCCUGUGGGUAUUAUUUAUGAUGCCAUCAUCGAAAGAUAGCAAAUCAUCGCAUAAGCGACAUUGCUUUGAAGGAAAUAGUACUGGACACUGGCUUACCUACCUAGUAUUCAAGAUAGAGUUCUCAAUUGGAUAUGCUUUGGUAUCUUUUGUAUACCUACUUUGCGUUGAGGUGGUUAUGUUGAUAUUGUUAUUCGAUUAGAUUGGGGACGGUGGGGGAAUCUUCUCCUUCCUCAUUAUCGGAGAUCCCCCCACUCCCAGUGCGAAAGUUCCAUACGCUCUUUCUGAGGGUUGUGGUGAGGUUUCGUUCUUGUCUUAUCCUGCAAACUUGCACAGGUUGGGAGAUCUGAAGCUGGAAUCGCUUGGUUCGAUCAAGCACCAAGUGCAGUGUAAAUAUUGGGAGUGUUUUUCCGUCUUUGGUUCCCGGACUGGAAGUUUUGGAAGAAUGUGGAUGUUCUAUGAUAGGAUUGUGGAGAUCAUGGAUGGAUGCUACUGGAGGAUUCAAGAAGUAAGUUCCAUCGAAUAGAAGAGGCUGGUUCUGAGAUUGAAUUCGUGGUAUCUAUAUCUGGUAACUUUCGUGAGUGUCGUUUUAGCCUUGUGAUCUUGGAAGGAGAAAAAGGGAGGGUUGGAAGUUGUUCUUCAUGCGGGAGGCCUCUAGAGUAUCUUGGAAACCAGAAGGACUAGAUGGUCUUGGAGUAUUGAAGCGCACCAAGACUUGUCAUUGCACGCCAAAAAGAUGGGAUGUGGGUGGCGUGGGAACUAAUAGGAGAAACAGACGGCUUCAGGCACGUGUGACAUUCCUCGAAGAACACAAACUCGACAUGCAAGAUUGGCAAUGGGCUUUGAAAAGUUUCUUACAUUCCGAAAGGAUUCUUUUGAAUGGCAUUGCUGAAUUUAUUGGAUUCAUUCACUAUAGGAAGGAAUGAUGCAUCCUUGGGGUCUGCGAAUCUGGUAUGUUGGUUAUGGGAUUAGAAGUUGUGUGUGCGAUGAUUCGAAGCCGGAAGAUUCAUGGACAGGCUUCCCUUGUGCUGCUGAGUAUGUUAUUAUGUUUGUCAAUGAGUAAACUGGGAAAACGUAUCAUAUAUCAGAUGAAUCCUCCAUUCGUUCGGGAAUCAUUACAGCGACCUGAUACCCAUAGGGGGAAAACUUCGAUAAAGUCAGUUUCAGGAGUUUCCGGUAUCGUUAUGGAAAGCCCAGAAACCAUGGAGAGU